AAACAAACAAAACAAACAAACAAAUAGACAAUCAAGACCAGAAAAAAAAAAAUAGUAAGAAAACGAAAGAAAAGAAAGCAAAAACAACAAGCGCACUGAAAUAAAACACUCAUGAUGGCCACCAGAAAGCGUAAUGGCAUUAAUAGAAUGGUGAUGGCUGUAGUGAUGAUGGCUGUGGCGAUGGUGGUGGUGGUGGUAGAGGCGGAGGAUGAGGAUUACAAGUGUUCAGUGAUGAGAGAGGAAUGCCGCCUGGAGAAAAUCGAGAAGGGCGGGAUGGUGACACGGAACAUCUCCUGCUAUUGUGAACACGGCGAGGACGUGUCAAAGCCGUUGGAUGAGCUGAGUAAUAGCAUGUGUCUGCAGGUGCAUGGCAAGCGGGUCAUCACUUCCAUCCUGCACAUCAACGGCUGCAGGAUUUCCUCCCAGGUAUUCCCCGUGUCCAUGUUGGCCACGUGUCGGGCGUCCACACAUCUGGUGAUCUACGUGAAAGACAGUCCCUAUUUCUCUCUCUCCUCCCCUCUCUACCUCGCCUCCCAUCCCGUCCCAGCCCUGCGCACCAUCACAGCUACUUUCAUUCAGAGCAACGUGAGCGGGAUGCCUGAGCAAGUGGUGGGCGGCGCGGUGGAGCGGGCUGAGGUGAGAGUGGAGGGCGGGCAGAUGAACGUAUUAGAGAGUCGCUCCUUCUCCGGCCUACCCUCGCGACGCCCAAGUUUAUGUGAGCUUUAAGGACACGCAAAUCUUGACAGUGAAGCAGGGAGCAUUUGAUUUGCCACCCACCGCUCGACUGGAGGUGCAAGGAGGACAGAUGCUGAAGUUGGAGACGCAUAGCUACUCAGGCGGCGCCCAGCUCUCUCUCAGCGGCGUGAAAGUGGCCAAUCUGUUCUCCUCGGCCCUCAACAUCUUCGGCCUCAUGAAGCUAAGCGUGGUGAAUUGUACCGUGGCCGCCUUGUAUGAAUCCGCCUUCACACACCGCCCACCGACCUACUUCAGGAAUAUCACUAGAGGACUGGAGGUGCUGGAGGGAAGCGAGGCAACCUUCUCUGGGAACAGACUUAUAAAAGGCAACGGUCAUGCCUUCGUUCACCUGUGCACUGUGGACAAACUCUCGUGGCAGAACAAUGACGUGCUGAACUUCAGUGACAUGCCCCUCAGAUUCCAGGACGCCAAGUGCAUGACGCAGCGGCACUGGGCACAGGUGUUCUCCCAAAACGGACUCUCCUGCCUCAGAUGCUCAGACUUCGCCAACCCCGACAAACAGAGUUGCGGGCUGUACGAGAGUGCCCACUGCAACAGCUGUGAGAAGGAGAUGGACGGCUGCAACAGGCCCCUCCUGCCUUACCUCAUCGACAAGUGCCGCGCCUCGCAUCCAGACAUCGCUCGAGACCUGAAGAACACCUGCGACGUCACCUCCGCGAGAACCCCUAAGGCGCUCGGAGUGCAGGACAAGGAGAAGGGAACCGGUGCGUCUGCCUCCUUCGCGCCUCUGUCUUCGGUGGUGACUCUGGCGGUGGCAAUGCUGCUGGUGGCGCCUGAGUGAGAUUCUGAAACACUCCUACGCUGCGCCUCGACUUCUUUCAAAAGGCUGUAGUUGAGGUUACUUGGGUUUUUAAGGGUGUUUUAGUGACAGAUUAACAAGAUUUCGACAUUAUUAACAGGAGAAACAGUCUUGAAAUCCCAGCUAAUCAUUUCUGUGGCCUUUGGAAAUAGUUGUGAUUAAAGACCAAAGUGUUUCUGAAUGUGGGCAACUUCUCUCUCUCUCUAUCUCUCUCUCUGCAGUUGUUUUCCUACUUCUUAUCCUGUUUUUCUCCACUCCCUUUGUUUUCUAUCAUUUAAACAAGAGUAUGAAUGUAUGUUUUAUAUAGACAAGGGUAUGUUUGUGUGCCUGUAUGUAAGGCUGCCAAACAUUCCCCUGUAUCUGCACACUGCGUCUUCAUUCUAAGGAUUCUUUUGACUCAUUUCAAUAAUUUCUAUGUUUAUUCCUUGUAUACAGUCGGGAAAACUCGUCAGAAAUACAGGAAAAGGGGAGGAGGAGGGAAAAACUCAACUCCUCACUCCCAAAAAGUCGAAUAAAGGCCAAAAACAGA